AUGUCUUCAGUUAGCAUGUCACCCUCAAAGGAGAAAAAAUGCCAAUGUGGAGUUCCAAUGUCUAGGCUGACUGCUUGGACUAGGGAGAACCCAGGACGCAAGUUUAGGACCUGCAAAUUCUAUGAUCCUGUGACUGAGUCAAGGGGGUGUAAAGCUUUUGAGUGGGUGGAUCAACCAGAUGGAACACCUUGGCAAACAGAGGUGAUUAACAACUUGCUGCUGGACAAGAAACUAAUGAAGGGAGAGUUGAAUGACAUGAAGAGGGAAGUUGAUGAUGUUAGUGGACAAAGGAGGUGCUUGCUCAAUGAGAUUGACAACUUGAAGAUGAAAUGCAAAGCUCUUAGCUCAGACAGGAAGAAGAUGAUCAAGGAAGUGCAUGGCAGCAAUGCAACAACAAAGAAAAUGCUCACAGUACAUACUAUUGUUGUGUUUUGUUGUUUUGGUUUGGUACUGGCUAUGUAUUUUAGAUCUUAG